UCUUCCUCUCUUCUUCUUCUUCUUCUCCUCCUCCACAACUCCUCCCUUUCCCUCACAUCUAUUCUUCCUCUUCUUCCAACCCCAUCAUCCUAUUUCCGACCUUUCACUGCUAUCUGCAGUCGCGAUCCCCUGUUAUUCGGAUUACCCUGAAUUGCACCCAGUCUUUCCCCGCCGGGUGCCAGAACGCUGAGUGACAAUUCCGAACGCGGCUUACACACGCCUUUCCCACCGUUCUAAGCGCGAUAAGGAGUCGGACUGGUUCUACUCCCCAUCGCAGUUGCUCCAUCCUCUCCAGCUUCAUUGACGCCCACUUCUGCGCGAUCGCCCUGUUCGCCUCGCUCACAACCUCUCUCCCUCCCUAAUCAUCCCUCUUACGCAAGCCAAAGGCGGAAAGGGCCGCCUAGUCUAUCCUCACUUGUCCCAUACACACACGCAAUACCGCCACCAUGUCCAAAGUCGUGCGCAGUGUGAAAAACGUCACCAAGGGUUAUUCCUCCGUGCAGGUCAAGGUUCGAAAUGCUACGAGUAAUGAUCCGUGGGGGCCCACUGGCACCGAGAUGGCCGAAAUCGCCGCCUUGACCUUCAGCAGCCCCACCGAUUUCUACGAGAUCAUGGACAUGUUGGAUAAGCGCUUAAACGACAAGGGCAAAAAUUGGCGCCACGUUCUCAAGUCAUUGAAAGUCUUGGAUUACUGCCUGCACGAAGGCUCUGAGUUGGUAGUAACGUGGGCUCGUAAGAAUGUCUACAUCAUCAAGACUUUGCGCGAAUUUCAGUACGUUGAUGAGGACGGACGCGAUGUCGGACAGAAUGUCCGUGUGGCCGCCAAGGAACUCACCUCGCUCGUUCUGGACGAAGACCGAUUGCGCAGCGAGCGCUCCGAUCGCAAGCUCUGGAAGUCCCGGGUGAGCGGUCUGGAUGACCACCAAGGGGGCUACGCUCCAGAGCCCCGUCGCGAGCGCCGCGAGCGUCGCCGCACCACGAAUGACGACGACGACGCCGAAUACCGCUUGGCAAUCGAGGCGAGCAAGUAUGAAGCCGAGGAGGAGCGCAAGCGCCGGGCUAGGGAAGCGGCCGCGGCCGACGACGAUGAGGAUUUGGCGAAGGCAAUCAAGCUGAGCAAGGAAGAAGAGGAGCUGCGCAAGCGGGAGCUGGAGGAGAGCAACGCUCAUUCGCUGUUCGAUGAUGCCCCUACGCAGGUCGCCCAGCCGCAACCUACCGGAUACAACCAGGGUUAUCAGCAGCAGAGCGCGGUCGACUGGUUCGGCAACCCGAUCAACCCUCAGCAGCCACUGACAACUGGAUAUUUGAACAACCAAUAUGCCCAGCCUACUGGUUUCCAGAGUCAGGUGACCGGUAUGCCCAAUGGAUAUGGCAACGGAUUCCAGGCGCAGUCCACCUCGUUUGACCAGAACCCCUAUGGCCAGGCGCAAAACAACUAUUUGCAGCCGCAGGCCACUGUACAGCCACAACAUACAGCAUUCAAUGUCAACAACCCCUGGGGAGGUGACGCAUUUUCCCAGCAGCAACAGCAGCAACAACCGCAACAGCAGCAGUUCCAACAACCUCAGGAUAACUUCUUGUCGGCGGGUACGAACAACCCAUGGGCUAGCCCACAGCCAGCGGAUGCUCUGAAGCCGAUGCCCACGGGAUCGAACAAUCCAUUUGCACCACGUACUCAGCAGUUUCAGAGCCGCCCCGCUACUACGGGACCUCCAUCACUGAAUACUUUGGCGGAAGAGAGGGUCACGAACCAAUUCACUUCGCCUAACCCGAUCGCGAACUACCAGACACAGCCACAGUCACUUGCACCGCCCCAGCAGUCUUUCACGCCGCAGAAGACCGCACCCACUCAGAUGCUGGAUCCGCAUCGCGCACAGUUGAACGCACUCUUGGCUUCUGGAGAGGGACAAGACACUUUCGGAAAUGUGGGAGAUCUGCGGAUUCCCGCCCAGCACACGGCUCCGGGUACAUUUGUUAACUCGGCCGGACAGGGAUUGGACAAGCUCCGGGCCACGCGGACGGGCAACAAUCCUUUCUUCAACCAGCCGCAGCAGCAGUUCGUUCCACAGCAGACGGGGUUUGCGCAGCCGGUCAACAACCCUUGGGGGGGACAGCAGACGUAUCAUCAGCAGCCUCAGCAGGGUGGCAGUUUGAUCGAUUUGUAGGACCGAGGGGUGGACUGGUGUAUUGACGGCGAGUGGGGGGGCUGGAAUUAAUCCUGAUUUUGAUAUCUGAAGCCCGUU